AUCAAUCCCCAUAAUAUGUAAACAAAUGAGAAUUCAUUAGAUGAUCUAACCUUGUUUAACGGUACAACAUCAGCAAGUAUAAUAGAAGAAGUUCAGUAACUACCACUAAAGAGAUGAGUCCGACUUCUAAUAAGGAGAAUAUCAAUCUUGGACCCUUUUCCCCAUCGUUCAAGCAUCCUUCAAAGAGUAUUUUAAGAGAUAAUACGUUACCAAUACUUAAUGACAAGAGAAGAGUUUCAUUUGCUCCAGAAGUAACUUUACAUAAGUUUGAUUUCAUUCCUACUUCAGAGAAUGGUACUUCAAAGAGGAGAAAGACUAUUUCAGGUUCAAUUCCUCUGUCUCAAGAAUUCGAUAGUCCUGUUAAAAGUAUAGAUAAUGAAAUCCAUGUUAAUGGAUUAGAAGUUCUUGAAGAUAGUUCAGAUGAAUCACUGCUUGAUAGUAUUGAGAAUAUAGAGUCACCUGAAAAGGUGAUACCAGAAUACCCCAGUAAUAGCUUUGUGGAACCAGCAGAAGCUGAAGAAGAUCAAGAAGAAGAAACUAUGGAAUUGACUGGUCAAAUACAAAAUAUAAAUGAUCACAUUCAAGAAACAUUAUCUUCACUUGUCACCAUGACCCAAACAACAUCAUCAGCAGCAGCAGCCGUUGAAUUCCCAUCAGAUGAUGAAUCUGAUAAUGAUGAGAAUGCUGAUAUGGAGUUGACUGGACCACAAGCCUUCAUUGCAAGUCAUCAUCAACAACCAGAAGAACAAGAGGUUACUAUGGAAAUAACGAUGGAUAUCACUGAAGUAUAUAAUAAAACAUUACCUCCACCUGUGUUAGAAGUGAUAACAGAAGCUAGUGAAGAAAGCUCACAAGAUCCUACCCUUAAUAAUAUUGAAUCACAAAAUGUAACGGAGCUGGUACAAGAGCCACUUCAGUUUGAUGGAAAUUUACACAGUUUAGGAUUAUUUGGUCCAAUACAAACUAGUACCCAACAGGAUCUGCAAGAAUCCAACACUAAUAUCUCAAAUAAACUUCCACAAAAUGAAGAGGAAGCUGAAGUUACUAUGGAUGUUACUAAAGUCGGUCCCCAGAUAAUACAUAGAAAUCAAGAGAUUGAAGAUUCAACUAAUGAUAUUGAAAAUACCCAACAGAUGGAAUUAACUCAAGUAUCAAAUAUAAUAAGUACGACUACAGAACAAGAAAUUGAAGAUACUCAACAAAUGGAAUUAACUCAAGUUCCAACUACAAUACAGAAAGUAAGUGAAGUUGAAAUUGAAGCCGAACUGGUUGAAGAUAUUCAAGGUAGUCAACCAAUGGAAUUGACUCAAGUCGAUAGUACAAUUAUCUCCAAUGUACAAAUUGAAGUCACCGAAGAGAAUCAAACCUUACCUCAGAGUCCAAAUUCAUCGGUUGCAAGUAUUUCAGAACGAUUAAUCAGUACUACAAAGAUCCCCUUAGCUGAAGUAUCCACCAUUGAAGAUGUUUCCAAUACGGACGAAAAUUAUGAAGAUGUAACCCUUAGUACUUUCCUUGAAGAUAUAGGAGUUAAAUUUUAUGAUGAUUUGGAUAUUGAUGUGAAUUCAAUGGAAAGAUUAAGUAUCAGUAGCACUACUGAUCUUACUGAUAAUACCUUAGAAGAUUAUAUUAAAGCACUUCCAAAAUUAGAAUUACUUGCAUUAUAUCAGUUCAGUUGUGAUGAAUUAAGUAACAACAUCCGAGAUGGAAGAAAGAUGUAUUCUGAAUAUUCUAAAACUAUCCAAGUUAAUAAUCCUGUUUUAUUUAAAGAGUAUUAUGCUUCAGAUGAUGAUGAUAAAUCAUUAAUGAAUGUUAGAUUACAAUUAAUUAAAGAUCAUACUCGAUUCCAAUCGAAGAAAACAUGGUAUGAUUGGAGAACUCAAUUAACCAAUAAUUUAAUCAUUGAGUUAGAUAAUAAAAGAGAUCAAUUAAUUCAAGAUCAAGAGAAGAUUAAAUCAGAUAUCCAAAAGUUGGACGAGAGUUAUAAUCUUGCUAAGGAAAUACUAAUUACAGCAAAGCAAAAAUUACAGUCUUUAAGAUCAAUUCAAGGUCAAAUAUCAAGUAUUUCCGUAGAUGAAUUGCAAAAGUUUAAAUCUGAUUUAAUAUCAUCUAAAAUGACAUUACAAGAAUUGAAAGCCUCAUCUGAUUCCAAAGAACAAGCAUUGACUGCUUUGAAAGAGAAAAUACUGGACAUAAAUGAAUCAAUUCGUACAUUGCAGCUCGAUAUUUCGGUGGAUGAGAAAAUAAUAACCAAGAAUAGAAAAUAUGAAGUAAAUGAGAUUGAUAUUUUAAAACAAAAGUUUAGUUUUGUUCAAAAAUUAUCUAAAUUGAAAUACCUAGGACUUGAAGAAAGUGAAUUAUCCUAUGAGUUUGAUGAAUUAAUCAUUUGUAAAUUCAAUUUCAAAGAUAUAUCUGAUCAUUCCAAUAUUGUAUACUCCUUGAAUACCAACACUACUACAACUACUUUUCACAAUAAGGAAUUAGUCAACAAGUAUGCAUUGAAACUAACUACCAUAAAUCCUGGAUCAACUAUAAUAGAUAAUUUCAAGAGUUUUAAAGUAUAUUGGAAUGCGUUGAAGAAAUUAGAUUCAGAUCUUUAUACAUUAUCAUUAAAACACCCCAUCACAUAUUUAUAUUCCGAAGAAAGUAUCAAGUUCGAAAUACGAUAUUAUAGUUUUGAAAAUGAUUUUAAAUUAUUACUUGAAUGUAAUAUUGCCUUUGUUGAUUUACCCAAACAGGAUCAUAAAUUAGAGAUAACGGCUAAAUUACAAAGAUCGAAAUUAGAAGUUGAUGAAAGUUUAAUGAAACGAGAAAUGAUUAAUAAAUUAGGUACUAAUCUAUUAUUCUCUAAUCAUUCAUUACAGAGUUUGAAAUUUACCUAGACAUAAUAAUUAAUAAAAGUAACUGUUAAUCUAUGUAUUAUAAUUUUCUUUUUUUCUUUUUUUAAAUAUAUAAUAUACAACUAUAUUGAGAUUUUAAAUAGUUUCUCUAAUGGGUAGCACCCAAGAACAACGUAGCACUCAAACAUACAAUCAUAACGAUCACACCCCAAAUAGAUAAAGCCAAUCCACCAUACUUACUAAAAAGUUCAAUUUUAUUUAAUUUAGAAGCUCCAUUAAUUGGUUUGAUCAACAUAUAACCAAAUAAUCCAGGUAAGAUGAAAGA